AUGGCGCAAACCCUUGUAGAGUCUAAGGCUGUCUUCCUGGAGCGAGCCAGACGUGUGGGCCUCCCACAGGAUGCAGUGGAUCGCCUUGUUGCACAGACCAUCGACACGAUGGCGAAACUAGCGUUCGCCCCUUGCCAGCCUGGGGAGACGCCGACCGAGGAGUCGCUGGCGGCCCUCAUCAAGGACCGACAGUUCGAAGUUUUCUGCCGUGUGCGGUUCGAACAUGUUAGACAUCAAAACACAAAGCACGAUCUUCGAACGAUAAUCUUGGUCAGCCAGACCAAGGCACUCGUGGAGAACAAGGAGAACGAGGUCAAGGAGUUAGCUCCCGCAGAGCGCCGUGAGAGCAUCCGAGCACAGGCCCGCAAACUUACAGGCAUCACCAUGUCCGGCCAGACUGAGUGCAGCUACGCCUCGUAUGACCUCUGCAUGAAGCUCCUUACUGACAAUUGCAUCAGCUAUCUUUCCCCGGCCAAGUUCAUCACUCGCGAAGCUGAGCUGCGUUCCGAGAAACCGAGGAAGGAGUUGGAUGUGCAAGCUUCAACACUGGUCGUGAGGGAUCGUGACCCCGAUCAGUCAUGCGAUACUUCCACUGCACUGAGCCUUCACCAUGCCAUGCACCGUCGAAGCCUUGCUCUUGACUUGAUCGGUGUAACUGAUUACUUUCGGGUUCAGGGCUUCGUGGAUUUCCUCUUGGGCCACCUUCAUCAGGAGCCCAUUGCUGGUAGCCGUGCCACUUCUGUGCAACAAAUUCUGCAUGCGGACCGUGCUGCCUGGAUGCGCCUGGCAGAGCUCACCCCCGACGGGAUUCGUCGUGAUGCAGCCGGGGCUUUGCCUCUUGACAGUUUGUGGGCCCGCUUGCAGACUGACCCGAAGGUAAUUUUUCAUCUCCUCCCGCGAGAAGGUGGGGCCCUCAAACGAGAAAACAACGAGAUCAAGCCUGAGCUCACAGACACCCCGACCAAAAAGCAGCGCAAAGGUACUGGAAAAGGCAAGACCAAGACAUUGCGUGAGCCCAGCAAUCUCCCAGAAGAAUUCAAGGGCCUUUCGUCUUGGACCAAGACCGGAAAGCGCCGCUGCUGGGGAUUCAAUAUGGCUAGUGGGUGCGCGAAUGCCAAGCGUGCCACCACCGUGUUUUCCAUCGCCCAGUGUUUCAUUGGAUGCCUCACUGAGCGCCUCAACCCCGCAAGCAUCAGCCGCUGCACCCAGCAAAUCACAUUGUUUUCCUUCGAGUCCUGCUGA